GAUUUGAACCUGGGACCUCUGGUGUUCAAAUCUGACACUCAGCCUAUCAAGCUAAUGAGAAGUUCUCUCCAGCUGAGCGGUAUAUUGCGGCUAGUAUUUUACCAGGGUUACAUACUCCCCCUCCAGGAAAUAACUUGUCCUUGAGUAUCCAGGGGUUACAGUGGAACUUGUGAAAGUAACGCUUAGUAUUAUUCCAGAGUCCUUACAUGGGGGCCAGUGUAACAAAGGUCAACAUUUAUUUCAAUGCCUCUGCUAGGAUUUGAAUCCAGGACCUCUGGCCUACUAGUCGGACACUCAGUUCUCUCCAGCUGAGCGAACCUUACAAUGUGUACACCUGCUGGUAAUCCUCGCAAGAAAAGGAGAGUGUAUGUCAACCGUGAACCACCUUUUCCUGUUCCCAUAGCAACUAUUACUGGGGAAACUGCAAGUGACAAAACUUGGUUUUACUAUACAGGGGAGCUCCAUGGUAACCAUGUGGUGGUGAAACAUUCUGGUGAUAUUGAUUUCCUUUACAAGAUGGGUUUCUUCGGAAAAGGAUCUCUGUCAAAAAGUAAACCUGAUUUUGACUACCGCAGAAAAACUGUGGACAUACCAGGCACACCAGGGGAGACAACUAAAGCUAAACUUGCCAAGAGAAGAAGUUACAUUCGUCAUAUGAAGUGGAAAAGAUUGGAAAUAAAAGUUGCUGGUGGUCAAACAUCUGUCGAUGACCUUAUUGAAUAUGACAGUUCUUUGGACCUGGCAGAUGAAGAAAUGGACACUGAAGGUGAGCAUGUUAUUAAUGACAAGGAAACGUAUCUACAGUCAAGCCCACUCUCUAAUGAGCCUAUUGAAGCUGCAACCUGGGAGGACACAAACGAGGAGUUCUGGACAUCUCCUGGAGACAAUCAGGAGAGAAAUUCACAAUCAUCUGAUAUGAAAGACUGGGCUGAAACAGAUGAAGAUUUCUGGGGAAGUGCCCCUACAGGACUGAGUGAAAAAACACCUAAUGACUAUAGAAAUAAAGUGAAAGUUGUAGAUGUUAAUGUAAUGGUAAUGGAGAAUGAAAGUAGAUCAUGUGACGAUAAUAAUAUAACAGUGGAAAGUGAAAGUAAGUUCUGUGACAGUGAAAUAUCAGCGGAAACUGAAGCUAGAUUAAGUAGUAAUAAUAGCACAGGACUUAAAAAUGAAAAUACAGUGCCUAUUAUAAAUGAAAUUAAUGAAAACAGAUUUGAUCCUUCAACCUUGGACAGGCAGAAACAGUUCAAGGGGAAUAAUUCCUGUAGAAGUUCUCAUGAACACAGUGACCAGUCUAAUGUGGAUAGUUGUCAGUGUGAUACAGGAGAAGUGAAAAUAUGUACACCAACUCAUGAUGUCCCAGAAAUAUUAGAGAAAGGUUUGGAAAAGGAAUCAAAAUUUGUAUUAGACUCACUGUGUGAGGAGGACGAGGGGGAAGGCGAUGUACUUGUCAUUGAGGACUCGGACAGCGAGACUGAAGGGCGUUACAAAAAAAUAUUGAAAAGAUGGCUACCAGUGCUUAAGAAAGAUGCAUACCAUGUGAAGGAAUUUCUUCAUCUCAGUUUGGAGGAGGCUUUCUUCCUCAGUUUUGGAUUGGGCUGCCUCAUUGUGAGAGACAAUGGAAAGACUCUAGAUUUACAUUCAAUGUGGACAAAGUUUUGUGAUGCUCAAGCAAAUUUUCUACCAAACUAUGUAGUAUACCAUUACUUUCGAAGCUUGGGAUGGGUCCCAAAGUCCGGACUCAAGUUUGGUACCGAUUUCAUUCUGUACAAGGUUGGUCCGCCAUUUUAUCAUGGUAGCUACUCUGUAGUAGUUAAGAUGAUCAAUCAGGAGGAUGCUCCAGAGGUCAAUGGGGUCAGAGGUCGUGACUUUUCCUGGAUCACAUUGGCAGGACUCAAUCGAAUCACAGAACAUGUUGCUAAGGAACUGAUGCUCUGCUAUGUGAUCAAACCCAGCAGUCUCACAGCUGAGGAACUUCAAUCUCCCAGAUGCCUUUCCAAAUUCAAAGUACAGCAGAUCAUUGUCAAUAGGUGGAUACCAUCACAAGAACGACAAGAAAAAGUAGUGGAAGAAAUGCCUUAAAAUCAGUGAUACAUUGAUAAUACUCCAAAUUAUAUAUUUUUUUGUUUAUUAAAAAUAAAUAAUUGAAA